AUGCGUGAUUCGACGAACCUAUUCGUUGCAGCUGGUCUGCUCCUAUCACUCACCAAUGCUCUCCCGGCCUCCUCCAUACAUCGUGCAGAGGCCGUUCUCGAAACUAGGCAAAAUCGGAACAGUGCCAACACACAGAGUGCCGCGGGUCCCUGCGCUGACAUGACGGUGGUCUUUGCCCGCGGAACUACAGAGAGAGGCAACGUCGGGACCGUCGUGGGUCCCCCCCUCCUCGACGCCAUCAGGCAGGCGUCCAAUGGUCUCACCGUCAACAUGCAGGGGGUGGAUUAUGCUGCCGACGUACGGGGUUUCAUGCAGGGGGGUGAUCCGCGGGGCAGCGCGAGAAUGGCAAGCAUCGUAAAAGCCCUGGCAUCUGAUUGUCCCGAAACGGGUAUCAUUAUUUCGGGCUACUCCCAAGGCGCGCAGCUGAUGCACAACGCGGCAGACCAGCUCGACCCCGUCUCCGCCUCGCAUGUCAUGGCGGCGGUUGCGUUCGGCGACCCGCUGAACGGGAAAGGGGUGACCGGAGUGGACCCGUCCCGGACGCUUGUGAUAUGCCACGACCGCGACAACAUCUGCGAAGGUGGCACCCAGGUCCGCCAGGCACACCUCACCUAUGGACAAGACGUAGGGAAGGCCGCCAGCUUCAUCGUCCAGGCGGCGGCCGCCGGCCAGGGUGCCGAUCAGGGUGUAGGGGAGGGCGCAGGUGCUGGUCAGAGUGGAGUGGAGGGUGGUGGUGCCGGCCAGGGUGAAGAAGAGGGUGCCGCUGUUGGCCAGGGUGGAGGGCAGGGUGUCGGUGCCGGUGCCGGUGCCGGUGCCGGUGCCCAUCAGAACUAA